GCGUGCCGCCGCGUCGCCGUGAUUCUGCCCUCCUCGCGCUCCUCCGCUCGGGCCGCGCCUCACUCGCACCAUGAAGGACCUGCUGGACGCACCGGCGUUCUGGGACGACGUUCCUUCGUUCGAGGGCUCGGCGCCGCACAUCUUUGUGGUGCUGGGCGCGUCGGGCGACCUGGCCAAGAAGAAGAUCUACCCGACGCUGUGGUGGCUGUUCCGUGACCGCCUGGUGCCGGAGAACACCAUGUUCGUGGGCUACGCACGCUCGUGGCUGACGGUGGCGCAGCUGAAGGAGAAGUGCCAGCCGUACAUGAAGGUGAAGGAUUGCGAGCAGGAGCGCUACGAGGAGUUCUGGGGCGUGAACCACUACGUUCGGGGCUCGUACGACACCCGCAGGGACUUCGAGCUGCUGGACCAGGAGAUGCAGAAGGUGGGCACCGCCAGGGCCAACCGCAUCUUCUACCUGGCGCUGCCCCCGUCCGUGUUCGACGUGGUGACCACCAACCUGAAGGGGUGCUGCAUGGCCAGCCAGGGGUGGACGCGCAUCAUCAUCGAGAAGCCGUUCGGAAAGGACUCGGAUUCGUCGGCCAAGCUGUCGAACCACCUGGCGGCGCUGUUCAAGGAGGAGGAGCUGUACCGCAUCGACCACUACCUCGGCAAGGAGAUGGUGCAGAACCUCAUGACGCUCAGGUGA